AUGAACAGAGUCAACGGCAGAUUGUUAAGGACUAGACUUCCCAGGUGUUUGCGUAGCUACGGUCAAUACAACUACCAAUACCAGCAAUAUCAGCAAUAUCAGCCUCCAAGAGCAUCAUGGACGAAGCGUAUUUUAUAUACGGGGAUUGGAGUCGCUGGAAUUGGAUCAUACAUUUAUUACUUCUGGUGGCCUAAGCAUACAUUCCCAUCUUCUGUCGCCAAAAUAUUGCGUAAGGGUUUGUGGGCUGAAUCCGAUCGUGGAGAAAAUGAUUACCAAUUGGCAUUGAAAUACUAUCUCGAAGCCAUUGAUCAUUGUCACGAAAUUGAGUUAGAUACGUUGAGUGAUGAAUAUACAGGGAUUCAAUUGAAAGUAGGAGAAAUGUUUGAACGGCUAGACAUGUUGGAGGAUGCGGCAUUCGUGUAUAAUGAAAUUGCCACACUCUAUUUGAAAGUAUUGACGGCAGCUCCAAAUUCAGAAGAUGGAAAGCGGAUCAAGUCAAGAGACCACCGGGCUCAUUUGAUCCAAAAGGAUUUGCGUUUGGCAAUUAAAUUGGUGGAGUUGAAUAAAUCUAAUGCUCAGUUGUCCAAGGCAAUCUUGAUGACCCAUUUAUUAAUUGCUCAGGAUGAGGUACACAAGAAGUUGGGACCAAACGGGAACAUCUCACGGUUGACCCCCAGUACAUCCGGAUCUGAUUAUAAGGCUACAAUAGAUAGCACUUCAAUUGAGAUAAGUAAUGAUGGCAUUACCACUACUAUUAAUAAGAACCCUUCUGCGUGGGAACCAUUUGUAGACGAGUUUUUCAAUGCUAUGGACUUGUUGACUGCUAUUUGUAUUUCCACAGGAGACCUCGCUAUGGCAUCCAAAGUAAAGAUAUCUAUGACGGAAUGGAUGCUUCUCGCCGAUGUCGAACCACAUAAAGUAUUGUUAUCCCAAUGCAACUUAGCUUCAUUGCUUUAUUUACAAGCAGAGGAGUACGAGUCGAAGGAAGUAGCGUACAGAAGAAAAUUCUUUGAGGAUUCUGGCUUUGACUUUGACGAGUAUAAGAAUUCUUCUCAAGAGGCUUUAAAAGAUACUGAUGUAUUGGAGAAGUUGGAUAAGACAAUAAAAGAACAACAACGUAAUGAAUAUCUGCUGAUAAUCCAGAAUAAGGAAAAGUGCAUAGAACUAUCAAUAAAGUCGUACGAAUCGGUGCUCGAGUUUGCUAAAAACCUCCCUCAAGAAAUAAUAUCAAAUAAUAACACCAUAAACGAGACUGUGGCAUUAGCAACUUAUGGGUUGGGAGUAGUCAAUUUACACUUAGCACAAUAUGAAAAAGCGGAAAGGUUGUUACGUGAAGCGAGGGUCAGAUCAAAGACUUGUGGUUAUGAUGAUUUAAUUCUUGAAAUCGAAAGAGAAUUAUCCAAGUUAUUCAAAGAAAAAAAGCUGCUUGAAAAAGGCAAAAGAGUUAACAAAGGAGACAUUGAAAUGGAUAUACAUAUGAAGAAAUAG